AUGUCGGAGCAUCUACCUCUACCCGGGCGCAGUUCAUCGGUAUCCCGAGAAGUUGAGGAUUCACGGCCUCAAGAUGUCACCGGCAUACCAACGACCCUUGGUGAUCGCAUCAGGCAAGAACUGGAUAUUCCCCGCUUCUUGUGCGACACCAGCCCCUUGGUGGCGUUGCAGAAUGACCCGCAACCUCCGCAACCAAGGCUGCUUAGAAGUCAAUCCUGCCAGGGAGGUGUAGGCGCCUGGUCAUACGAAGAAGGUGUCACAUCAUACCAGGAAGGUGUCGCAUCUAGACAACAUGCGCCCCAGAGAGCAGAUAUCCCCCAGCGAGGUGGAUACUCUGGCCUCUUACCUCCGAAAGAAUGCCAGAUCGCCCUGGUGGAAAUCUUCUUUUCUCGCAUAUAUCCCCUCUUACCCUUGGUGGACGAGGAGGACACACGCCAUCAGUUCAACAAUGACUCUCUACCACUACCGCUUCUUCAGGCUAUAUGCCUUGUUGCAGCAAAGGACCGCGCUGCGGCAUCUUUUCUUUUCUUGGGAUCGGACCCGACGUUAUUGCCUCUGAAGGAAUUCGGCCCCCGACUCCAGAAAGACAUCCCACAGAAUAUGCCUAACAGGAGAGAUGGAAAUAGGGUCCUCAUUAUUAGAAUUCUUGCCAUCUUGUCACUCCAUGAGUGGGGCCCUAAUGGGUCAGAAGAUGCCUCUCUUUCCUUAGCCCAAGCUGUACACCAUGCUCAGUCUAUCGGGUUACAUCUACGAGGGCCCGAUAGCGAAUCUUCCCUGAAGGCAAAAUCUCUCUUCUGGUGUCUAUGGAGUCUCGACAAGUGGAACUCCGUCGUGGAUGGAAGACCGGUCUUGAUCCAUGACUAUGAUCACGGCCAGAAGGUGACCGAUGUCCUUCCUCUAUUCAAACCACAGUUCCGCAUCUGGCUUCUAAUUGCAGAUCAACUUGGUCGCGUUAUUAGCACCUACAGACCAAGACUGGAAGGAGCUCGAGACCAGGUUGCUGAUCUUUAUACCUUCGAGGAAUUCGUCGAAACUUCCGAGGCAUGGGAUAUAGAGCCACAGCUGCUCGAUUCACUUGAGCUGUAUCAUCAUGCCACCAUAAUUCUUGGAACAUACUCGACCGAGCUUCAAGGCCGCCAGCCAUCACGAGCAUCGAAUAUCCAUCAAAGCCAGGCAAUCCUAGCUCUCGCGGCUAUUUGCCGAAGAAAGGAUGUCAAUGAUUUUUCCCCUAUGCCUGUAUCGGCUUAUUCACUUUCGCUCGCCUUUUCAAUCACUUACCGGCAGCUGCAAAGGGCAAAGCUGCAAGGCCAUCGGGUUCAGGCACGAGAGAAUCUUCUCACAUUCCACCAGAGUCUGAAAUCACUCUGUAGUACUUGGUGGCUAGCAGCUGUCAUGGUACGCCUUGGAAAACAUGCCCUGGAAAGCUAUCGACCGGCCAUUAAUACCCAAUCCGAAUCGCAAAUUCCUACGGAUUCAUUGGAGGAGGGUUUAAGGACUCGACCUCCAUUGAUACAAGGCACGAACUUAGUAUCCAAUGUCAAUUACAGCACUCCACACACACAGACCAAUUCCGACUCGGUUGACAAUCUCAACACACCUCAGGAUAACCUUGAUACUCCGGAAGAUAUGGUGACGGGAGCACCAUUUUCCUCUGAUUUGGACCUUCUCUUCGGAAGUCAUGAUUUGUCGGGUUCUUUCGAGACUUUUUUUGAGAAUUUCUUAGAUGUUAACUUCCCAACUUGCUUGGGCGAGCAAUCCCUUGGGUGCUACGAUGCAUUGAUAUGA